CGUUGAUCACAGCGGAUUCUAAGGAAUUAACUUUUGGCAAAAUGAAGACUUUCAUUGUAUUGUUGGUAUCAGUUGCGCUAUGCUCGGCAGCUUCAAAAACAUCAGAAAAAUCCAAUAAGAAACGUAGCUUACUUGAGUUGGGCGCAUCCAAUUUCGGAAAUCUUCAAAGUGCUCCAUAUCCAGCCGCUUUGUCUCAAUCAUAUCAAUCGUUAGCCACCGCUCCUGUGGCCGCGUCAUAUCAAUCCUUAGCAACUCCAUUUGUUCCAUCCCAACAAUUGGUUCCAGAAACUAACAGUUUUGCUCAUCUUCAGCCAUUCCAGCAUGAUGGAGCACCCGGUUUAGUCCAGCAUGUUGGAGCACCCGGUUUAGUCCAGCAUGUUGGAGCACCCGGUUUAGUCCAGCAUGUUGGAGCACCCGGUUUUGUCCAACAUGCAGUAGCAGCACCUGCUUUACAUGCAUAUGGACAUAUUCAUCAAGAACAAUUUGCCGUUCAACCAACUGUUAAAACUUUGGUCAAACAUGUGCAUGUGCCCUAUGAACGCCACAUUAAAGUCGAUAAUCCAAUCUACACUCCCGUUGAACGCCAAAUACCUAUCGAUAAUCCGGUGGCUGUUGUGAAAGUGGUCAAACGGCCAGUGCCAAUCCACGUGGAGCAACCCGUCCCGAUAGCUAUUGUCAAAGAGAUCCGAGAAAAUGCACCAUACGUGCACAAAGUUCGUCUUGUGUUGCAACAAGUCUUCGUAAAAAAUCAACAAGCACCAAAACAACAAUACAUUCCACCUCAAGAACAUCAUGCUGAACUUCCUCAACAACAUUUUGACGCACCAGCUGCACCAAGCCAAAGCUAUGUACCACCUCAAACACACCAUCAUGACGCACCAGCCGCGCCAAGCCAGAGCUAUGUACCACCAGCUACAAGCUAUGGCGUCCCAAGUCAAACUGGCUAUUAAACAGAAUCGUUGAAUUGUAAUUUGUUGAUUUGAUUGAAAUUGUUAUUUAUGUUUAUAAGGAAACUGUAUGUUGCAAUGAAAAUAUCUACAUUAUUUAAGAAGAUCAUGUACGUUUACAUUGAACAAAAUUCGCAGAAAAAUAAAACAAUUUAUUGGCAAAAAUAA